UGCUCCCAGAUCCGGAAUCUUGAUCUCCGAGUAGCGACACGAGGAGAAGACGAGAAAAACAAGCCACAGAAUGAUGUGUGGCGAAAUAUCAUUACCGAUCAAGCCAUACCUAUGAAUUUACUUGUUCUUCUGCAAGAGCACACAGUCGUCUCGGGCACUGCUUCAUCCAUUCCUCAACAAUGGAGAUCAUUAUCAUUCUCUCCCUCGUGUAUUCCAUUCUUUUUGUUUGCCUUGCAUUUGGCGCGAGAUGCAGCCAUGUUUACAGCCGACACGAUUUCCCAGAGGGAUUCGUCUUUGGAGCCGGAACUUCUGCUUAUCAGUGGGAAGGAGCUGCUAAUGAAGAUGGAAGGACGCCAAGCAUCUGGGACACUUUCUCUCACUCUCAUAACAUGGACGGAAGUGAUGAAGCAUGCGAUGGGUAUCACAAGUACAAGGAGGAUGUACAGCUGAUGGCAGACAUGGGCUUAGACGCUUACAAAUUCUCCAUCUCCUGGUCGAGACUCAUACCCUAUGGAAGAGGACCCGUCAACCCAAAGGCUCUACGGUUCUACAAAAACCUUAUCGACGAACUCGUAAGUCACGGGAUUGAGCCACACGUUACUCUGCACAACUAUGAUCUCCCUCAAGCUCUUGAAGACGAGUACGGAGGAUGGCUGGACCGCAGAAUCAUCAAAGACUUUACGGCAUAUGCAAACGUUUGCUUCUCUGAAUUCGGGAACAAUGUGAAAUUCUGGACGACGAUCAACGAGCCCAAUAUAUUUGUUAUGGGAGGUUAUGACCAGGGACUAGCACCACCUAGUCGUUGUUCAGUCAAUUGCGGCGGAGGAAACUCUUCAACCGAACCAUAUAUCGCAGCUCAUAACAUACUGCUUGCUCACGCCUCUGUUGCCAGCUUGUAUAAGCAAAAGUACAAGGAUCAGCAGCGAGGCUCCGUAGGCAUAAGUGUAUAUGGAUUUGGAAUGCUUCCUUUUACCAACUCCAAGGAUGAUGAAUUAGCCACCAAGAGGGCCCAAAAUUUCCUCUUUGGCUGGAUAAUGCACCCCCUAGUGUAUGGGGACUAUCCAGAUGAAAUGAAGAGAAUCGCCGGUCCAAGGCUGCCAACUUUCUCGGAGGACGAAUCAGAACACGUGAGAGGCUCGUCAGACUUUGUAGGAGUUGUCCACUACACGUCUGUCUACAUUAAGCACGCUGAUAAACACUCUCCUUUCAGCAAUCUCCUAUCAGAGUUUGGUGUAGAUAUUAUCUUCAUUGGGAAUUCUUCCUUGAUGGAGUAUCAGGUCUUCCCAUGGGGUCUGGAAGAAGUACUGGAGUAUCUAAAGCAAACAUACAGCAAUCCUCUCAUCUACAUUCUCGAAAACGGUAAGCCAAUGGAGCACAAAUCUCCACUUCAUGACACGCCAAGGGUGGAAUACAUUUCCAGUUAUAUGGGGGCUGUCCUCAACUCUGUCAGGAACGGAUCGAGAAUCGGAGGAUACUUUGUAUGGUCAUUCAUGGACUUGUUCGAGCUGCUGAGCGGUUUCGAGUACAGCUUCGGGUUGUACCAUGUAAACUUCAGCGACCCGAAUCUGAAGAGAUCUCCCAAGUAUUCGGCUCAUUGGUACUCCUCAUUUCUCAAGGGAAUGACUGUUAGCUCACACAGUCUCAGUAUCACACAGCUUCAUAGAAACUACUCCUCUUCUCUGUAGAGUUGAUAUCGCUUAUCAGGCUCUCUUAGUUCUCUUCCUAUAACAGUUACAUGAUAUGUAUAUGGAAUUUUGUUCCAACCUCUUAACAAGUAAAAGUCCCAUAGUUUACAUCGCA